ACUCGGUGGAGCCAUGUCUCUGCCUGCUGACCUGAGCGUCCUGCAGGCCGGCCGAGGAGCAGAGGGGGAGGCGGCUCUGGCGACUCUGGAGAAACAGCUGAUCUGUCCCAUCUGCCUGGAGCUGUUCAACAAGCCAGUGGUGAUUCUGCCCUGUCAACACAACCUGUGCAGGAAGUGUGCCAACGAGCUGUACCAGCCCUCGCUGUUCCAGGCUCGAACCACCAUGCUGGUGAACAGCGGGCGUUUCCGCUGUCCGUCCUGCAGACACGAAGUCGUGCUGGAUCGCCACGGCGUCUACGGCCUUCAGCGAAACCUGCUGGUGGAGAACAUCAUCGACGUCUACAAACAGGAAGUCAGCAACAACACCAGCGACGCCACGAGUCUCCUCCCUCCUGCUCCGCCCCCUGCUCAGCUGACGUGUCCGGACCACGAGGACGAGAAGGUGAACAUCUACUGUCUCACCUGUCGGGUUCCCACCUGCUCCCUCUGCAAAGUGUUCGGGGCUCAUCGGUCGUGCGAGGUGGCUCCUCUGACCGACGUCUACCAGCAGCAGAAGGACGAGCUGAGCGAAGGAGUCGGUGCUCUGGUGACGGUUAACGACAGAAUCCAGACUCUGAUCGACGAGCUGGAGGAAACCUGCAGGAACAUCGAGCAGAACUGUGCGGCUCAGAAACAGAGUGUGUGCGACAGGUUCCAGCACAUGAUGUCCAUCCUGGGACAGAGACACAAGGCCAUGACUCAGCAAAUCAGCUCCGAGCAGGAGGAGAAGACGGGCCACGCCCAGGCUUUGGUGCGUUGCUAUGGGGACAGCGUGGAGGCCAAUGCCAAACUGAUGGAGAGAGCAGCGAGCAGCAUGGACGAGCCGGACAUGGCUGCGUUUGUCCAGAGUUCCAGAGAGCUCAUCACAAAGGUGAUCACAGCGACCGGCUCCUGUCCGACCCAGACGCUGAAACCAGGUUAUGAGAAUCUGAGCCCGUACGAAUUUAACUUCAGUCGACAGGAGCGAGCUCUGAAGAGCAUCGACUUCAUGAAAGCUGUGGAGGAUGUUCCUGAAGAACCAGAUGUGGAACCAGAGGAACCCAGAGAACCUUCUGAACCAAAGCUCCAUCAGGAGCCAUCCGGCCAGAACCUGGAGCCUGAAGCAGAACCGGUUAAAGAGACGACAUCACCACCAGAGGAACCAGCUCCAGAUCCAGAGCUGCUGACGGACCACGAGGAACCUGCAGGAGCCGAACUGCAGCCGCAGCCCGAAGACGAGAACGACGAAGGGUCAGCUCACAUCAACAAGGAGAAGACGGUGGAGGGCGACGAGGCCGAGGGAUGUGCAGCUCCCGACUCCAUUAAAGACACAAUCAUGUGUGAACCGGAGGGAAUGAGCACACAACAGGUACCGCACAAAAUACACACACUUUGACUCAGGUGUAAAAUUCAUCUUUCACAGUUUCAGCCACUAGAAGAAGUUUUGAACGUGGAAAUGAGUUCGGUUCAUAAAUAAAACCGACU